AUGGAGGAAUUAAAGGAAGAGCAAGAAGAAGGAGUAAUUGCGGAAUAUAAAAGUAAUUUCUCACGUUUCGACAACGAUGGAGACGGGGUGUUGACCAUUAAAGAAUUUGGUCGACUGAUGCGCUUCCUCGGUCAAAGCAUGACCGAAUCCGAACUGCAAGAUGCGAUGGAGGAACUGAAUCCGGGAGGAGAGGGGAGUCUUAAUUUUCCGGGAUUUUUGACACUGAUGACGAAGAGAACGAAAAAUGCCGAUAACGAAGAGGAAAUUCAGAAAGCUUUUCAGAUAUUCGACACUGACAAAGAUGGAUUUAUUACCGCUGCAAAAUUACGUAAAGUAAUGACCAGUUUGGGUGAAAAGUUUACUGAAGUAGAAAUAAGUGAGAUGAUACGAGAAGCUGAUACCGACGGUGAUACCAAAAUAAGUUAUGAAGAUUUUGUUGUAAUGAUGACUUCCGAUUAA